AUAGGUAAGUACUGAUACAAAGAACUUCUAAUAGAGGGCGUUAAGAUGUCGAAUAUAGAACAGUUGAUAAAAGAAUUACGAAUUGAUAUUAAAAACGACUCCGAAGAAUCUUUAAAAAAAGUAGAACAAAGGAUUACGAAUAAAAUUAAUGAAAACAUAGACUCAAAAUUUAAAACUAUUCAAGAAGACAUCGAAAAAUUGAAGAAAACAAAUACUGAAAAUGAAUACAGAUUGUUAGAAAUAGAAAAAUGUAUGAGAAUUAGAAACCUUACAUUUUUUGGAAUACAAGAACAAGAAAAAAGCUAUGAAGAUUUAGAAAAAAAUAUUUUAAACUUAAUUACGUCGGACAUGAACAUAAAUUGUCAUAAGACUGAGCUGCAAUUCAUUAAGAGAUUAGGAAAAAGAACUGAAAAUAAAAUUAGACCUGUAAUUGUCACAUUCAGCACCUUUGGAAAAAAACUAUGCAUAAUGAAAAUGAAACAUAAUCUAAAAGAUAAAAACAUUUACAUAAAGGAGGAUUUUCCACCAAAAAUACUUGAAAUAAGAAAAAAAUUACAAGAACAGCUUCAUAAAGAGAGAGAAAGUGGUGAACAUGACAGCAAUAAGAAACAACAAAUCGCCAAGAAGAAUAAGGUUCGAUCCUAUCCAUCUCAGAGUAACCAAUAUUCUAUAAAAAAUUAUAUAACAAACAAAAAUAAAAGCUUACUACUACCCAAACCAACAACUUCUAUCUCAUCAGAUUCGGAAUAACAAUUAAUAAAGCCCCCCAAUUUGACAAAAACAUCAUUCACCCCCUCAAAUAAUAAAUAUUUAUGUCAAAAGGUUAAUAAUUAUACACCUCCCCCACAACGGUUAGUCACCGCGGGGGCAGUAGACUACAACCCUCCAAAUAACAUGAAAAUAAAAAAUAUAUACAUAUCCACGUUUAACGUACGAUCCCUAGCAAGUGAAGUCAGGCUGUUAGAAUUAGAAUAUGCAAUAUCACCUAUAAAAUGGGAUAUAAUCGGUAUUUCAGAAGUAAGAAGAAACGGAUUUAAAAUAGAAAAUAGAGGUCGCUACAUAUUAUAUUACUAUGGAAAAAUAAAAGGCGAGAAAGGAGUAGGAUUCCUAGUUAAAAAACAAAGAUACUUAGAAACUAUUAAUUUUAUUGGAAUAUCCGAUAGAGUAGCAAUAUUGCAAAUUAAAAUAUUAUGUACUUUAUAUAGUAUUAUACAAGUGUACGCUCCUACGGAAAGCUCGAGUGAAGAAGAACUAGAAACAUUUUAUUCUGACUUAGAAAACGCAAUAUCUCAAUGUAACAAAAAAAUUAUAAUUAUGGGCGACUUCAAUGCAAAAAUAGGUCAAACAGAGGAUAACGAGGAAAUGAUUAGAGGCAUAUACGGUUAUGGCAAAAGGAAUAGUAGAGGCCAACGUCUAAUGGAUUUUUGUUUUCAAUAUAAAUUUAAGAUAUUAAAUACAAUCUAUAAAAAACCAAACAGUUUAAAAUGGACAUGGAUGGCACCCAAUAAUAAAGUAAAAAACGAAAUUGACUUUAUCAUUACUAAUAUACAUAGAAAUGUGAGCGAUUUGAGUGUAAUAAGUCGAGUUAUACACCCAAGUGACCACCGCAUGGUAAGAAUGACACUAUGUACCAAAUCAAGGAAAUUAUCGCGUUCACGUUACUCACAAUUUACAACAAGAAAUAUUGAUUAUGAGGCAUUAAAAAGUAAAUUUAAACUAUGUCUGGGAGAAUAUGAUUCGGUACAGAGCCUCUAUGACGAUAUUGAAAAAAAUAUGCUGAAAUGUUUGAAAAAACCAAACGCAAACUCUACCACACGAAAAUGUCAAAUAAUUACUGAGGAUAUCAUUCAAUUAAAACAACAGAAACAUACAUUAAGAAAUAAAACUCAUAAAACCCGAGAAGAAAAAACCAAACUAACACAUCUAUACAGAACUAUUAAUAAAAAAAUCAAGGAAAAUUUAAAAAAAUAUAGAUUAGAAAUAUUUCAAAAUCAUUUAAAACAAACAGGUGGAAUAAAGAAAGCGAACAAAGUUCUAGAGAGAACCAAACAAUUAAUGACACAUCUAAGCACCUCUACAGGCUCUGUUACCACACACAGAAAGGAAUUACUAGAUGUUGCCACAUCGUUUUACAAAAACUUAUACAGCAAUACAAAUCAAGACCCAAGUAAAACGUUGCAAAAUUUUAUGACCAAUAGAAUACAAUAUAACAAAAAGUUUGAUGAUGUCCCGCCCUUCCUAGAAUGUGAAGUGGAACUUUCUAUUAAAAAGCUCAAAUCAGGAAAAAGCCCCGGCCCCGAUGGUAUAACAAAUGAGAUGAUCAUAGCGAGCCAAUCACACAUAGUAAAACCUCUGACAAAUUUAUUCAACCUCGUUCUAAAUAGAAUAGAAUUUCCAAAACAAUGGCUAUGCUCAGAUAUAAUUUUAUUGUACAAAAAAGGAGACCCUAAAUUUAUAAGUAACUACAGACCGAUUAGUUUAAUUCCAUGCAUAUAUAAAGUAUUUACCUCAACUCUACUAAGAAGACUGACAUAUAUCUUAGAUGAAAAGCAACCCAUAGAACAAGCGGGCUUUAUGAAAGGAAUGUCUACAAUUGACCAUAUACAUACAGUAAAACAGUUAAUAGAGAAGUAUAAAGAAUACAACAAACCCUUAUAUAUAUGCUUUAUUGACUAUGCAAAAGCAUUUGACUCUAUCUUACAUAGUACUAUAUGGAAAGCAUUAAAAGCCCAAGGUGUCAACGACACAUACAUAUCAAUUAUAAAAACAAUAUAUGAGAACAGCUAUGCUAGAGUAAAAUUAGAUACACAAGGACCGAAAUUUAAGAUUAACCGUGGUGUGAAACAAGGGGAUCCACUUUCAGCAAAAAUCUUUAUAUCAGUACUGGAAUAUAUCUUCAGCCAGCUAAAUUGG